AUGUCAGGACGUAUCGAUCAUUUUGGAUGGUUAGAAGAUGCAAUAAAAGAGGGUCACAUCAACUCUUUCGAUUAUACACAAUUUUCUAUUGUGAAAGAAGCCGGAAGGGGAGGGUUUGCUAUCGUAGAGUGCGCAGAGUCAGAAUUAUUAGAAAGAAAGGUUGCAUUAAAAAGUCUAAGAACUGAUGUAUCGCAACUAAAUGAAAUAUCUUUUCAGGAAUUUCUACGUGAGACAAAGUUACUUACUGACCUAAAUCAUCCAAACGUUAAUAAAUUUUAUGGUAUAACAAGAAGAGAUCCAGAAAGGAAAAUGUAUAUGCUUGUAUUACAAUAUGCGAAUAAAGGAAAUCUUCGUAACCAUUUGGCGAGUCAUAAGGAUUCACUUGGAUGGGAAGAUAAGCGACAAAUAUCUUUAGAUAUUGCGGAAGGAAUUCGCUACUUGCAUUCAAAAAAUAUUAUACAUAGAGACCUGCAUUCAAAGAAUGUUUUAGUACAUAAUAAUAGAAUGAUGAUAGCAGAUUUUGGUCUUUCCAAAUGUUUAGAUGAAAGUACAAUGACAUCUAAUUCGAAUGUUAAAGGAAUGCCAGGAUAUAUUGAUCCACAGUGCUUUCUUACGUAUGGAUUUAAGAGAAACAAAAAAUCGGAUAUUUUCAGCUAUGGAAUCAUUUUAUGGGAAGUAUCUAGUUGCAAAAUUCCAAGUCAAUUUUUCAACCCAUAUCUUCUACCACUCAAUCCAAUUGAAGGUACUCCCAGAAAUUUUAUUGAAUUGUAUAAAAGAUGCCAAAAUAUAACUCCAGAUGAACGACCAAAUAUAGAAGAAAUAGUUUCUAUUUUAACAGACCCUUACUUUUUAAAAGUUUACGGCGAUAAUAGCGAAAAAUUAUUAAGUCAAGAUCGUUCUAUUACCAAUUCUUAUUCAAAAGAUUCAAUGUCAAUGAUAGAUGAAAGCUGUGUGGUAUUAGACACUAGACAAAAGGAUAUCCAAAUUAACAAAAGUACAUAUUCAACGAUAGAUGAAAUAUAUAUUCAGAUACUACUCUUCAAAAGUUGCGGAAUGAGGCCAAAGAACGGUUCAGAAUAG